CAUUACUCACGUUACAGUGUAUCCGGAAGAAAGGCCUGGCUCCGCCUCCUGGGCGGGGAUUCUGCUAGGCGCCAGACUAGGUUGAGGAAAACUGGCCACUGAAUGUGUGAGGGAAAGUGUGCGAGCGGGUGCUGCUGUCGGUACUACUAAGCGCUGUAAGCAAUGGGCAAGAGAAAGGAAGGCAGCCCCAUCGCGCCCUCUUCACAACGGAAAAAACAAAGGCAAGAGGUGGACGACACAUACGAUGAGGAGGAUUAUGUUCAGGCCGGACCCAGCGCCUCUAAUGACUAUGGGCACAACAAAAAGCAACGGAAAGAAGCCAAUAACUCACUUGAUACCCUUGAUUAUGAUAAUUCCAUGUCCUUAGCUUCUUCCCAGCGUGGCAGCGCUUCUCAGUCAGGCACAGGUGACGUUGGGAUCAUUGAAUCCAUCUCUCUGAGAAACUUCAUGUGUCAUUCAAUGCUGGGACCUUUUCGCUUUGGACCAAAUGUUAACUUUGUUAUAGGAAACAAUGGGAGUGGCAAAAGUGCAGUAUUGACUGCUCUCAUUGUGGGCUUGGGUGGAAAAGCCGCCGUUACCAACAGAGGAUCAUCAAUAAAGGGAUUUGUCAAGGAGGGACAAACCUUUGCAGAGAUCUUUAUUACAUUACGAAACAGAGGGCAAGAUGCUUACAAACCUGAUGUAUUUGGGAACUCUAUAACAGUACAGCAGCGACUAACUACUGACGGCAGUCGCACAUACAAGCUGAAAAGUGCAACAGGUGCUGUAGUUUCUAACAAGAAAGAGGAGCUUACUGCGAUCCUUGAUCAUUUCAAUAUACAGGUAGAUAACCCAGUGUCGGUUCUAACUCAAGAAAUGAGUAAGCAUUUUCUGCAGUCUAAGAAUGAAUCUGACAAGUAUAAGUUCUUCAUGAAAGCAACACAGCUAGAGCAGAUGAAGGAAGAUUACAGCUACAUCAUGGAAACGAAGUCCAGGACUCAUGAUCAAGUUGAAAAUGGUAGCGAGCGACUACGUGACUUGCGGCUGGAGUGCAUACAAAAAGAGGAGAGGUUUAAGAGCAUUGCCUCACUGGGAGAAAUGAAAGAAAAACUGGAAGAUUUAAAAAAUAAAAUGGCUUGGGCCCUGGUAAUUGAGGCAGAAAAACAGAUUAAGCCAUUUAUAGAGCAAAUUGCUGCAGAAGAAGGACGCACAGUGAAGUACAAACAGAAGAUAGACGAAUGCCAGGGCAAAGUUAAUAUUGCUGAAGAGAAGUUCCGUGCUAAACAAGAGGAGCUUGAUAACAUCACUCAGGAAGCUGUAGCGCUAAAGCCUCAGGGCAUAGCUCUAAAAGAGGAUGCCCAAAAAAAAAGGAAAUCCUAUAACGAGUCAGAGGUUUUGUAUAACCGGCAUAGAAUGGAACUAAAACGUCUAGAAAGAGAUGCAGAUCAACUACAUAAACGUAUCGAGGAAUUGAAAAAAAGUGCUGAUAAUGCAUCUGAGAGUGAAAAGAUGGCACGGCAAAAAGAGAUAGCCCAAAUAAGGGACAGGAUGAAGGCACUUCAUGAUAAAGAAAUUACCACCAAUCAACAAAUUCAUCAGUUUCAGCAGGCAAUUGAGAAAUAUAAGGAAGAGCGCAUCAGAAUUGGAAAUGAAGAGCGGAAUGUAAAGCAAAGGCUGGAGCAGCACAAGAGACAGCUGAGGGAGCUACAUGAGAGUAAGACGGACCGUUUAAGGAGAUUUGGGCAGAAUAUGCCAGCCCUUCUAGCUGCAAUUGAUGAGGCUUAUAAGCUAGGCCGCUUUAGAAAAAAGCCUGUUGGACCUUUGGGUGCCUGCAUCCAUCUGAAAGACCAAGAGUUGGCACUUGCAGUUGAGUGUUGUCUUAAAGGGCUCCUGUUUGCUUUCUGUUGUGAUAAUCACCAGGAUGAAAGAAUGCUUCAGAAUAUAAUGUCAAGAGAAUAUCCACGAGGCCGAAGGCCGCAGAUUAUUGUCAAUGAGUUUCGAGAUCAAGUCUAUGAUGUUAGCCGAAGAGCCACCUUUCAUCCCAACCAUCCAACUGUGUUGACUGCAUUGGAAAUUGAUCAUCCUGUGGUGGCAAAUUGCCUGAUUGAUAUGAGAGGUGUUGAGACAAUAUUAAUUAUUAAGGGUACAGAUGAAGCAAGAGAAAUAAUGCAGAAAAGGGCCCCCCCUAGAAACUGCCGCGAGGCCUUUACAGGUGAAGGUGACCAGGUUUAUACAAACCGUUACUAUUCAUCGGACACUCGCAGGGCCGCUAUCUUAAGUCGUGAUGUUGAAGCAGAAAUAAGUCAUUUGGAGAAAGAACUUAGAAAUUUUGGAGGCCAGAUGGCUAAGUUCCAGCAGCGCCUGCAUUCUGUGGAUAAAGAUGUUAAGGAAAAUGAAGACAUUCUGCGUCAGUAUCACAACUCAAAGAAACAAAUACAGAUAGACCUUCGCGCAUUUUCAGAACGUAUAGCAGAACUGGAGAAUGUGGAAGAGCAGCCUUCCAUAGACAUUGCUACUCUGGAAGGUGAAGCAGAGGAAAACUUGAAUAAAAUAGAACUUGUUAAACAAGAGAUGGAACUGACCAAGGAGAACAUGGGGAAUUUGAAAUUACUUCUAACAAUGGCAGAGAGUAAUUAUGAGGAAAUAAAGAGGAAAAUCAGCUCAGUGUCAGAGGUGGCUGAACCGGUAAAGGAAGACCUUCACAGAAUUGACCAAGAAGUGGAGAACUGUAAGCGCCAUAAGAAGCACUAUGUGGACAAACUGAAGGAGCACUUAGACCGCAUCCAAAAGCGAAAGGAAGAAGUAGCAGGGAAAGAACAAGAGUUGGAGGUGAAAAUCUCCCAGGCCAAAUGCGUCUGCCCAGAGCGAAUAGAAGUCAGUAGAACUGCUAGAAGCUUAGACACCGAAAUUACCAGGUUAAGAGAAAAAAUAAACUCUGAAGAAGUUCUCCACGGAAACAGAGAAGAAAUAAUAAAGCAGUACCAUGAAGCAAAAGAAAGGUAUCAAGAUGUGGAGGGGAAAGUGAAGCACCUGAAGCGGUUUAUUAAACUGUUAGACGACAUAAUGGCCCAGAGAUACAAGAGUUAUCAGCAGUUUCGACGGUGCCUUACUUUCCGGUGCAAGAUUUAUUUUGACUCGUUACUGUCACAAAGGGCCUACUCCGGCAAGAUCAACUUCGACCAUAAGAAUGAGACUCUUUCAAUAACAGUCCAACCAGGAGAAGGGAACAAGGCAGCACUAAGUGAUAUGAGAUCUCUGUCCGGAGGAGAGCGAUCAUUCUCCACCGUGUGCUUUAUCCUCUCUCUCUGGUCUAUAGCAGAGUCACCAUUCAGGUGCUUGGAUGAGUUUGAUGUCUACAUGGACAUGGUGAACAGGAGGAUAUCAAUGGAUAUGAUGCUGUCCAUGGCAGAUUCACAGAGGUUUCGGCAGUUUAUUUUGCUGACUCCACAGAAUAUGAGCUCCUUACCUUCUACCAGCCUCAUCAGAAUUCUUCGAAUGAAAGAUCCUGAAAGGGGGCAAACAACGCUACCUUUCCGGCCAGUAGACCAACAGGAAGAAGAUGAGGAUUAAGUCAACCCUCCUGACUUUUUCUGCUUAAAUUAAUAUUUUUUUUGUUAAAUUAUAGUGCCAACCUUUAGGCUUCUGGCACAAAUGUGGAAUGUCAUUUUCUAGGUUACAAACAUAGCCCAUAAAUUCAACAAUAUUUGGAAAUUAAAAUCAAAGUGAAUAAAAUAUAAUAAUAAAAUAUAAAUUUGUGGUGCAGAUAAAUAAAUACAAUAUUCAAAGGAAAGUAAACCAACGUGGCAGUGACCCCUAAAUGGAACUAGGCUGACGGAGACCAAAGCAGAACCAUAUGGGCUGUAGCUGGAUAUCAAGAUACCAUUUUAUUUGCACACUUAAGCACAUCUGGUGUUUUGACAGGUACAGUACUCUCAGGGAGAAGCUACCUCCCCUGCCCAUCAGUGCAAUGGCAAAUGCUGUCUAUGGUGUCCCAUAAAGGUCACCACCUGAUGUGCAAUGUCUCUCAGAGCCAGGCAUGAUACCCGCACUAUCUGAUAACAGGUCUGAGGCUGGAUCAGAUUAUCAUGACCGUUCUAGGGGAGCCAAAAACUCAUAUUUAUUGUCUGACACUUUUUAGCUCCUGUUAUAAGGAAAUUAUUCAUGGUGACUCAUAUUCAACACAAUUGCUCAGCUCUUUCUAUAUUUAAUAUAAAGAUAUUUCUUGGUUCACAUUACAUUGAACUGAUAUUUGUGCAUUGUUCUGUCACCAGAAGUUUGAAUUCUGUAAUUUAACCCUUGAAGGUUGGCCCAUUAGGCAUUUACGUUGCACUCGGUGAAAUUUGCCUACUAUCAAGAGCUGAUAGGCAACAUGCAAGAUGACUGAAAAUAUGACAGAUUUAAAUUACCCCCCCCCCCCCACACUGAUCUAAAUGCUGUCUUUUUACCCUAUUGUAUGUAAAACACAUCAGCCCACAGUAGUUUCUGCCUGGGCAAGCCAUUGCCACCUUCCCCCAGGCAUAUACUGGGCCUUAGCUAAUCUUUCUGAGUUGGCAUACGCUAAGUCUUAAGAGGUGAAGGGAUGCUGGGAUGAAUGGCAAUGGCUGACCCUGCAGAAGACUUCCCUUGGCUGACCUUAUUUUUAUGGGGGGUAAGAAGUAGGUAGAGUUAGGGUGUCUAACAAACCCCCCCCACUGUCUUACACCUCCUUUGGGUUGUGAGCAUUUGCUUGUAAUUUUAUAUUCACUUCUUUGUUAUAUAAAGAAUGUUUUGGAAUUCUUCACUCUGCUUGGAACACUUAAGUGCAGAAAGUUUGCUCAGCUCUUGUAACCUAUUCCAUCCAGUCAGAUGUUUGUAAUCAGUCAGUGUCUGGUAAACCAGGGAUUUCUAACUGCUGAUUGGUUUCUCUGGGUUACUAGACCUUGAACAAAUGUAACUCUUAGUCUUUUAUUCUUGAUUUGCAAGCCGUAUGUUUAGUUUUCUUUUAUUGUUUUUUCAUUCUGAUAUAAAGGUUGGAAGAUAUUUGAAAUCUUAUUUUUGUGACAUUUCUUAGACUCUGUUAUAAUAUUUGUAUCUUGUAUAGUCAAACGCGUGUACAGUAAAGGACUGACUUAGCCUUUUUUAAUUAUAGGCCAGUCCUUCCUGUUUAAAUAUAACGGGCUAUAUGUAUUAAAUUAAAAUUACUUUGUUGCUCAA